GAACUGAGUGAGCUGAAAAAUACGGGUGAGUCCAAAAAGGAAGAGGAAACAAUCAUCGCGUCUUUCCUAAGCAUAUUGUUACUCCAAAGUAGAGUCAAUAUUUGUGCGGUCACACACACUUGAGUUGAGCAUCCCUCAAUCAGGGCUAGCAAGGGUUACGUACCCAAUUCUUUUACCUUAUACUCGUAUAAAUAGGAAGCAAAAAUGGCAAACGAGAGCAGCGCGAGUGAAUUAAUAUUGCCUGUGAAGAGAGCAAGGGAGGAGGAGGAGAAAAUGGAGGAAGUCAAUAAUAACAAUGAAUCACCCUACAUUUCUUCUAUCUUGCCUGGAUGGUUCUCUGAGAUUAGCCCGCUUUGGCCUGGGGAAGCACACUCAUUGAAGGUUGAAAAGAUAUUAUUUCAGGGGAAGUCAGAUUACCAAAAUAUCAUGGUUUUUCAGUCAUCAACUUAUGGAAAGGUGCUUAUUUUGGAUGGUGUGAUACAACUCACAGAGCGGGAUGAAUGUGCUUACCAAGAAAUGAUCACUCAUCUCCCACUUUGCUCAAUUCCAAACCCCAAAAAGGUGUUGGUUAUUGGAGGAGGUGAUGGUGGUGUCUUGCGUGAGGUGUCUCGGCAUUCUUCUGUUGAACAGAUAGACAUAUGUGAGAUUGACAAGAUGGUAAUUGAUGUUUCUAAACAAUUUUUCCCUAAUGUAGCUAUAGGAUAUGAGGAUCCCCGAGUUAAACUCCAUGUUGGUGAUGGAGUUGCAUUUUUGAAAAAUGUUCCAGAAGGAACUUAUGAUGCAGUAAUAGUGGAUUCCUCUGACCCUAUAGGUCCAGCCCAAGAGUUGUUCGAAAAGCCUUUCUUUGAAUCCGUAGCAAGGGCUCUGCGUCCUGGAGGUGUGGUCUGUACGCAGGCGGAGAGCAUAUGGCUUCACAUGCACAUAAUUGAAGAUAUUGUGGCAAACUGCUGCCAGAUCUUCAAAGGUUCAGUCAACUAUGCCUGGACCACUGUUCCUACUUAUCCAAGUGGUGUUAUUGGUUUCAUGCUUUGCUCUACUGAGGGACCUGCGGUUGAUUUCAAGAAUCCAAUUAACCCCAUUGAUGCUGAUGAUAGCCACACCAAAACUAGAGGACCCUUAAAGUUCUACAACUCUGAGAUUCACUCUGCAUCGUUCUGUUUGCCAUCUUUCGCGAAGAGGGUGAUUGAAUCCAAAGCAAAAUGAGUCCUUAGAGGAGCAGGAUUUAGCUGUUUUUAGAACACCUCAUUCCCAUCCCAUACAAGACAGGAUCAUCUAGCAUUGGAAAAUGAGUCCUUAUGGGUUCUCAGUGGCUUAUGACUGCCUUAUUACUU